UGGCAUGAGAGUUGUCACUGCUGAUGGAGGCAAUGGAUGAAGCCAACCACACUGUGGUGUCUGAAUUUGUGUUCCUGGGACUCUCUACUUCAUGGGAGAUCCAGCUCCUCCUCUUCCUCUUUUCCUCUGUGUUCUAUGCGGCAAGCCUGAUGGGAAACCUCCUCAUUGUGCUAACUGUGACCUCUGACCCCCGUUUACAGUCCCCCAUGUACUUCCUGCUGGCCAACCUUUCCAUUAUUGAUUUGAUAUUUUGCUCCUCCACAGCUCCCAAGAUGAUUUAUGACCUUUUCAGAAAGCACAAAACUAUCUCUUUUGGGGGCUGUGUAGUUCAAAUCUUUUUUAUCCACGCAGUUGGGGGCACUGAGAUAGUGCUGCUCAUAGCCAUGGCCUUUGACCGAUAUGUUGCCAUAUGUAAGCCUCUCCACUACCUGACUAUCAUGAGUCCAAGAAGAUGCAUUUUGUUUUUAGUCACUUCCUGGAUUAUUGGCCUUAUGCACUCAGUGACCCAGUUGGCUUUUAUUGUAGACUUGCCUUUCUGUGGCCCUAAUGAAUUAGACAGCUUUUUUUGUGAUCUUCCUCGAUUUAUCAAACUUGCUUGCAUACAGACCUACACAUUGGGAUUCAUGGUUACUGCCAACAGUGGAUUUAUUUCUGUGGCCUCCUUUUUAAUCCUGAUCAUCUCUUACAUCUUCAUUUUGGUGACCGUUCAGAAAAAUUCUUCAGGUGGCAUAUUCAAGGCCCUCUCUACUCUGUCAGCUCAUGUCACUGUGGUGGUUUUGUUCUUUGGGCCAUUAAUUUUUUUCUACAUGUGGCCAUUUCCUACAUCACAUCUGGAUAAGUUUCUUGCCAUCUUUGAUGUAGUUAUCACUCCUUUUCUAAAUCCAGUCAUCUACACUUUUAGGAAUAAAGAGAUGAAGAUGGCAAUGAGAAGAUUAUGCACUCGGUUUGUGAAUUACAGUAAAAUCUCUUAAAUAUAUUGAGAAUAUAUAAAAAGGCAAAAUAUACUAGAAUUUCAGAUGGAUACCUACUAAAUAAGCUAUGUUAAAUUUAACCAGAAUGUCACUAACUACUAAAAUGUGUUGUGCCCUGUCUUUUUUUUUCUCCCCAAAUAGAAUUGUGAUGACAAUCUCUUGACUAUUUAUAUAAAAGAUAUAAAGACUAAAGAUUAUAGGUUGUGGCUGCUUUAUCUCACCA